UGCAAUCACUACUACUCUUGCUCAGCAAAGGUCUCCAGUUGCAAAGGGAAUGAUGAUUAAUUUUGCGGAGAAUAUAGCCAAUUUUGCUGCUUCAAGUGGAAAGAAGCAUGUUAUUGUGCUAUCCAGUUUAGACUUCCAAAGGCUGCAUAACUUGGAUAUGUCAAGAGGCCCGCAGGUGUAUUAUCUGUCUAACGCGGGAUCGGAAGGAAAAGAUGAUAACUGUGAGAAACUCGGAUUUGGAAGAUUGAACGAGUAUGAUUCAGAAGGAAGAUGUUGGAAGUACCUUAGCUCCGUCUUUGAGAAGAACAGUGAAGAAGAGUUGACCUUCCCUUCAGAAGAUGAACUCGAAGACAUCGACUACUACCCAAGCUUGCCAUUUGCAGCUCUUUUCUCAGCUUUUAAGGCAAAAGGCUUGAAGGUGACAUGUCUGCUAUGUUACUGUUCUGAAGGAGACAACAUUAAUAAAUAGGAGGCCUCAUCCUUAAGUGGUUUAUAACAAAUUAUUAUUCU